AUGCGGCGACGGUACCUUGAGUGCGAGGACGAGAUGGGAGCCGGUGAAAGCCCCGUGCUUUCGGAGUUUCUAGCGCUAUACAGGAAGGAGGGGGGGAAGAAGAAGGUAACGGUGCGCGGUGUGGGCAGUGAAGGACAUUCUGUGUCCCACGACUACAAGCUACACGAGCGGCAUCUGGAGGGGCAUGUGCUCAACUUCCGCCUCUCCGACCUCAAGAAGCUCGCCCCGACGAAGCUGUUCCGAGCUUCCAAGUGGCCCAAGCAACGUCAACAACACGACCGGAAGGUGCGAGAGUACCUUCACGGAUGCAGUGCGCUCUUUGGGGACAAGCUCCCCGGCUUCAACAUGAUUGCCGCCGAGAGGGAGCUGCUCUCGUGGGUGCCAAUCAUGGAGACACACCAUGAGGACGAGGGCUUCUUCCAGGGACUCUGCAACUUCAUGAACACGUCUGAGGCAAACAGGAAGCUGAUGGCCAUUUUGCUGCUGGACUACGACAUCAACUGGGAUGCAGCUCUGGCCAAGUGGCGAGAGAAGCCCAGGCGCCCAGCCAAGACACCGGUCUUUGCAGCAGUUGAGAGAAAGCGCAAGGGGAAGGAUCUUGAUCCUGACGAGGCCAAACAGAAAGAGGUGGAAGCCGGUGACUGGGGGGAAGAGGAUGAUUCAGAUUUCGACGGCGGUGAGGAUGGGUUUGCGGAAGCACGCCACUACGAUGCCACAGAUAACCCUUUCCUCUCAGAGGAUGAGGGAGAAGAAGAUGACGAGGGAGAUGAGGGGAUUGAGAUGGCAGUCCCUGAGUAA